UGUAUGUGCUGGUGUAUUUAUGCAUACAUAUAUACGAAUUCAGUUCUACCUUCUCAUGGAUAUAUGCGCCCUAUCAAGAUUAACCAAGGAUUUUUUUACUUACACCAGUGGGGAGUCUUUGUCAAUAGCGCAGCACGGAACAUUGGCGGACGCCCUGGGCCGUGCGUUGCAGCAACAACAUUCUCAGAAACGGCUGUCCGGUCACAGUGCUAUCAGUUCUCCUGUUGCAACACAUAAGCCCACAGAUAACGCCUCUCUCAGCGACGCACCGCUACAUUCACACUCAGAUGAUUUUCUGCACGCGCAUAUCAGCAGAGAAGGCAGUGUGUAUGCUUCACGGUCGCAGUCUCCUUUGUCGGCGUUGACAUCGGCAGCUGACCACGCGAGCAGUGCCGGAGUAGGGGAUAGCAGAGUAGCUACAGAAAGUUCAGCAGCCAAUAAAGCUUUGGACGCGAUUAGAAUUGAUGGCAUGAAAUCAAACGAUGAGCCGAGUAUGUUUGGUAGUUUGAUAGCUCUGAGCGGCCGUAUUGAAAUGGUAGCAGCUGCUGUGGUGGUGUUGGCGGUUAUACAGCUGGUAUAUGGCUGGGAAGUUUUGUUCAUCGCAAUUGUCAGCACAACCAUCGAAUUAGCGGUGAAAAGCGUUUUUGCUCUGGGUUGCUUGGCGGUGCCUUUGAUUGUCACUAGCGCAGUGUCUGGAUCCUUAGAAACUGAUCUGACGUCUUCUCCUUUAUUGCAGAUUUGUUGGAUUGUCGAUGCCGUGAUGCUGUGCUCUUCAGUGUACGUGAUGCCUGAGCGUCUUGGCCUGGCUGGCUUUCUCCUGGUGUACAUGUGUGGACUCGCGUCUCUCGAGGGCAUCCGCGCCGCUCACACCACCGAUGGACCCUUGGCACCUGGGCCAGGGAUGAUCACAUGGGCACUGCUGUCAUCGGGUGUGACUACGAGUCUCAUACAGGUCCUGAUAUACUCUGGCAUACUCAUCGCCCGCAUAUGUGGCCCCACAGUCUCCUCGAAGGCCUGGCACAGACCCAAUAGUCCGUACUCACCUUCUUAUAUUGAACAGCUCGCAAAAAGUAAUUCCCGUGCGAGUACGCGCACGUCGUCGCCCAUACCCACACUCAGAGAUCGAUCAGUCCCCCCAAGCCCUCGCACGCACAUAUCCACAGUACCGGUCUCUGGUCGGAGGCCCUGGUCAAACCCCGCCACACCCACACCAAGUGCAGUGCAACAAGUCAGCACUCGGCCUGUGAAACGUCAAAUAUCGCCGUCCAAACAGCGCUGGCCCGCAGAAAAGGGGUGUGGUGAAGGGGAUGGUGCCACAGAUGAUGUGCCUCACAAGGUACAGACUAGAGGUUCUGAGAUCUGCAAGGUAAAGCACUCGCCUGGUACAGCGGUGCCUGUCUCGAUAAUCGACUCAGUCGCUCGGGGCGUACUCAGCGUUGGUGGUUCUGAGGCUCGUGCGAUUGGCAGUGCGGUACUUGGAAAGAAGGGAUCUGUGGGUGCGAAGGUAGAUACACCCAAGACUACAGAUGCCAUCAAAAGAGUGUCUUUGGGGGGAGAAUCGUUAGAUAAUCAUGUACAGGUUGAUGCACAGAAGCAAGCACCUGAGGACAUGCAGGGAUCAAAUAGGAAAAAUAUUAGCAAUGAAGUGGACUCGAAGGCUCCAGGGAAGAGCCGCAGCCCUGACGCCGCACAAAUGAAAGGGGAAUCCUCAGCGCGACAAGAAAAUGUAACACCGUCUCGUGCGACUGCCGAGAAUCCGGGAAAGGCAAGUCCCCAAUUACAAACUCAAGCCCCACCAAUGAAGACCCAUCUGCCGAGAGAAAUCAAGAAUUGGUCCGCAUAUCGUGGCUACCUGCGUGACGUUGAGAGAGACUUUAAAACGAGGAAGAUGACGAAGUUUAAAUGCGAUGCGGACACUUUGUUUGCGCAGCCUGUAUUCCUUGCCAUUACAGCCGAGUUUCUCUGUCAAACAGAUAUUAACAGGCGCAUCCACAAUCAAUACGAACGGUCCAGGAUAUCCGAGGUGCAAUUUGUGCAGGAAUCGAACUUCUUCACGGGUGACAAGAAAUACGUCAUGUUCCUUUAUUCAGGGGAAAGGCCAGAUUAUGUGGUGUUCCAGAGCGACUUUGCCCAAGUGAUAGUUCGGUAUUUACAGACCGAAACGGAGACGCCGCCGAGGCUCAAAAUAAGCAAUGCACUGGGGACGAGGAUAUCCCUUACACGCGGCAUAUAGAGGGCUCGACAGGGAAUGGCAACCUCAUAUAAGGUAGCACAUUGGGCUGGUUCUCUACGCAUGCUGAAGCAGGACAAUAACGGCGUUUAAGGAUCGGCCUCAUCUGUAGUGCAGCACAUAGUAAAUUAAUAUAAAGCUUGGUUUUUAGAAGUAACUCACCAGCCGUUGCAGUGGACAAACCGGAUUUCGAAAUUGCCACUAAUGUGAGGUUGGUUAUCAAUC